AGCUAUGGCAGGUCGGCAGGGCAUGAAGGCAAUCUGGCUCCUGCUGAGCCUUCCAUGCGCAGUGAGCGCAGCAGCAAUGGCAUCAGGAGCAGGAGUAAUGGCCUCAUCAGGAGCGUCAUGCUCUGAGUCAGUGAAUGCUGCCCCGCAGCUUCAGUGGAAGCCAAGGAACAAGGCAUGCUAUGCCCCAAACUUGCCCCUGUCGUGCUCCAACCCACGCGCGCCUCUGAAAGUUUGUGGGGUGCCGAGGGCGCGCUAUGCCGCAGCUUCGAAUGUGUGCAUGACGCAUUCCGACGGCAGAAUGCAGAGGAGAGAUGUUCUUGCUGGAGCCUUUGCCCUCAAUGUUGCAGGGUGUUUCGUGCCCGACGUCUUUGCCGAACAAGCGCAAGACUUGAUCAGCGACGCUUCGAACAUGCCCUUGUCUCGCAAUCAGCUCGAUGCAGGCGCCUCGUACAUUCUGUCACAAGAGCAGGCCUUGAUUGGGGAGGAGGACCUGCGAGACGACAUGAUCUUCACUUUUAGAGGCGAGCAGAUGGUGAAGACGAACAGCGAGGGAGCUCUCCGAUACCUCUCGCGGCGCAAUGCAGUCUUCUUCGGCGAAUCUCACGAUUCGUUCAAGGACAAGAAGCUUGCAACGAGGAUCUUGAAGGAACUCCACGAGCGCAGGGGCCGCGUGGUCGUCGGACUGGAGAUGGUACAGCAACCGUUCCAGCAAGUCCUCGACUGGUAUGUGUUCUCAGCCGUGCCCAGCAAAGGUUCGGACUCGCUGCUGUUCGAGAAGACCGAGUGGAACGACCGAUGGGGGUGGAACUUCAAAGCAUACCUCCCGGUCUUGCAGUACUGCCAGCUGCACAAGAUUCCUCUGCUAGCUCUCAACGUCGAGGCCGAGACUACCAGCAAGGUGCAGCAGCAAGGUCUGGUCUCACUUUCCAGCGAGGAGCGGAGGAGGUUGAUCAUCGACCCGAAUGGUUUCGUGCAAGAGAGCCUCUCCAAGACCUUCCCCUCGUACGUCAGGUCCGUGCUGAAGCCCAGCUUCGACGCGCAUGUCAACAUGGGGAUCUACAACAACGAUGCCAAGACCUUCCAGAACUUCGUGGCCAACAGGAUCUUGUGGGACGAGACCAUGGCGUCGGCAGCGGCCAAGUUUCUCCUCAAGAACCCUGACGUGCAGCUGGUGGGGCUGGUGGGAGGGGAUCACGUCAAAACGAAUCACGGCAUCCCCGCCAAGAUCGAUCGCAUCCUCCGCAACCUGGGCUUCUCGAACCCUCACACAGCUUCGGUAGCGUUGAACCCCAACUGGAGGAUUUUCUCCAACAGCCGCAAGCUGGUCGAGCUCGAACAUCUCGAGGUGGCGCAGCAGAAGGAGAGCGCGAGCUCUGAGGCGGAGUGGGAGGGGUACGGAUGGAACAGCCAGCAGUCUAGGAACCAUCCCUUCAGCGACAUCGUGUGGUUCUCCUGAGGGUCCUCGCUCGAGACAUGCCUGUAUACUCUGUAAACUAUUCUGCUCCACU